AUGAGGAAAGCCGAUGAGGAACGCUGCAAAAGGGGCGGAUCCAUGGGGAGUAGCGCCACAAAAGGGGCGGGGACACCGCCCAAAGCCGACGAAAAUCUCAUGCCUUCAUUAUACAUCUACGUACAUUGGCUUCCAGACGACUGGGCCAAAGCAAAGCCAGCCAGAUCAAAGAAAGAACCUCAGCCACUCAUCAUCCCAAAAAAUGCAACUGACGAGCAAAGACUAAAACUGGAGAGGUUGAUGAGGAACCCGGAUAAACUUGCUGCAAUCACGGAGAGGCUCAAGGAAUGUUCUCCAAGAUCUGCUCCAGAAGUUGUUAGAGAUGUCAUGGGGUCAAGUGCAAGGGCUGGCAGUGGAGAGUUCCAUAUAUAUCAGCAUCCAACUGCUGCAUGAAGAGAGAAUGAAGAGAAACAGAUGCUGAAUAGUGAAGAUAAACUUGAUUAUUUCAGAAAUGAAAGAUGUACAGAUACUGAAAAUUCCACAGAAUCCAGUGAUAAAACAGAUUUAGAAGACCAAUGACUUCAAUGUAGAACAAUGUAUUCUCCAGCUUCAACACCAUGGACUUUACAUUUUCCAUUAAAGGCGUUAUUUUUCGAUGUGUUCAUAUUUCGUGCCUUCAGUGUUACGUUGACUUCUUGUUUUUGAAUCUGAGCACAACAUGGAACAGUACGUAAUUAUUAUUAUCUUUUUUAAAUUUUGUAAUGAUGAAAACAAAGGACAGAGUGUCAUCAAACUAAUACAAAGUUUUACUGUAAGUAAAGAUGUGUCUGAUUCUCAGGAGCAUUGGGCACAGAUACAUCACUGUAUGCUCAGCCUUAAGCAUUUUAGCAGCAGAUUAUAAACAUUAAAAAGAACAGAAAGAAAAGAAACCCUUUCAAAGUGAUAACACUUUAUCAUCAUUUAUUUUGAAAUCAUCUGUAAGUUAUGGAGAGCAUUACGAAAAGGUUAAAGAAUAAAAAUACAAUCAGAGAGCCCUGAUUACAUACAAUCUAAUAUCACUUGAUAUAUUAAAGAACCAAUAAUGCCAUGAAGUGAUUUUUUAUAACAUUCAAAGUUUGUAUACGUUUAGUCAGCACCUAAAAAUAAACUAUGUCCUGCCAACAAAUGUUACUUUAUAAUUUA